UCAUCUCUACAACUUGUUUAGUUCUUUAAGAGCAUAAAAACGCAAGUUCUCCUUCAGCCUUCACCUUGAACAGAGCAAGACGGAAUAAUUGCUCCCUCUUCCUUGGAUAUGAUUUCUCCAUUCAAUCAAUUUGUAAAUUGUCUUAAUAUACCAGAUCGUCGCUCAUUACAUCGUGCUCAGCUCCAAUUAAUAAACCCUGAACCCUUCCUCCACUCAUUAUUACUUACUUGGGGUUGAAGUUUCACUUUUCAGGCUAAGUAAAAUGGCGGAUAUGGAUUUGGACUUCGAUGGUCCAAGUAAAGUUCCUACUAGACAAGCCCGUUUUGCUCCCAAAAGCUCUAAACUCAAGCCCCAAAUAGCAACCAAACCCAAACCUGAAACACAGCCAUCAUCUAUUUCCACUAAAAAAGAAGAACUGGGCCCACUAACAGAUCAUUUAACGGAAAACGGAGCCGCAAACGUUCCGUUGGACGGAGGAAAUGACGUGGCAGAAGAACAAGUUGCCACGGAAACUGAUAACGAUGAAGAUGAAGUUGUUCGUGAAAUUGAUGUGUGUUUUACUCCUUCCUUUGAUCCUACAACUCAGCUAUAUGUGUUUCAAUAUCCAUUGAGGCCGCUAUGGCGUCCCUAUGAAUUGGAGGAACGAUGCCAAGAGGUGAGGUUGAGACCUUCAACUGCAGAAAUGGAGGUUGAUUUGGCGAUAGAUUUUGAUUCUAAAAAUUUUGAUAGAGACUCUGUCCAUGCAGCAACGAUGAAAAAGCAGACUCUUUCUACAUCAUGGAUGCCAUUACCAACUUGCGCCUCUGAAUAUGCUGUUGGGGUCCUCAUUGGUGAUAAGUUACACCUCAAUCCUGUUCAUGCAGUUGUACAGCUCCGACCGUCACACCAGCAUCUAAAGGAAAGUGAGUUGAAGAAGAACAUUGCCACCAACAAUGAUGAAAAAAGUGUUGAAAAUGAAGACGUCAAGGAGAAAAAGCCUGUGGGUCCAUCAAAGAAGCAGAACAAACCACCUGGGAACGGCAAGGAUAUUGGAGAGCACUGGUUACAUCUAAAAUACCAUGGGGCUAGGAGUGACAUUUCAGCCAGAUAUCUGCAGAAAAUGGCAAUGGAGGAAGGCUCUCCAGUACCAUUUUCAAUGAGCCCGGUUGAUUAUCUGAACGUCUUUUGUCCUGGAAGACCAGCUGACACUGACAGAUUCAGAAAUCUUCGAACAAGGGUGUCUCAAUUACCUCUUGAAGAUCGUGUUAGAACUUGGCUUCUUGAGGGGCCUCCAAUUCAUCGUUUUGAUGCUCUAAAGCACCUAGCGCCAGAUAAUCCUGUUGAUGAGAUUUUGAGUGUCCUCCAAAGAUACGCACAAUUAGUUCAAGGAUUAUGGGUUCCAAAAAGUUCAUUAGUCUAUGGAACAAAUAGUGGAAUUGAAGUUUUAGCGAGGAAUUUUGUUCUUUAUGAGUUUACCAAGAGUAUCUUUAUUAAGAAGUCAGUUUUUGGUAGGAGGCCUGAAUUCCUUAAAGCUGCGACACCAGCACUAAAAGCAUUAGCUGUUGAGAGGACUGACCUGAAUGAUUGGAAGCUCAAAGAGCAUCCUGACAAGAAAUUUGAAAACCUUUAUGGUGAUGUUGUGAGGGAGCAGCAAGCUACCUGGGAGUGCGUGGGGAAACAGAUCAAUGAUUUUUUGCCUGGAGGAAGAAACAGGCCUACUAUGAAGAAUCCUUUAAACCCAAAGGCCAACAUUCCUGCAUUGCCAAGUGGUGAUAAACCCACUUCUGGCUCACUUUUGAGAACAUCUAUGUCAGAAGAAAUUCGACAAACUUUACCAAAGGCGCUUCAAAAUGUUUUCAGAGUCCAUAAGGUUUGCAGUUUCGAGCAAAUCCGCAUAGGUCUGCGAACAUUGGCACUUGAUAAGUCAUUUCCUCAAAAGGGAUAUCCAAGGAAAGCUAUAACUGCAGCCCAUGGUGCUUCUGAUGCACCUCCAGAGGAGAUUGAGGCAGUGAUUAAUCAGGUUGCUGUAAACAUCCAUGGUGUCUAUGUUCUGAAGUCAUCACCAGAUAAUCCACAGUAUGACGCAUUCAGGAAAGUUGUAAUUGAUCUUCUUAUGGCUGAAGGGCCGAGUGCAAAGCUAAAGAAAGCAACUAUAAUUGAAGCUGCCAAGUUGCAACUGGGAAGGGAUAUUAACCCUGUUGAGUUUCAAAAGAAUGUACAUAUGAACUGGUAACUUGCAUGGUAAAGAAGCCUUGGACAGACUUGCAAGAAAAGCGGAUGUCGAUGGAGGUGUUGCUGAUUUGAUUCAGAUAGAUUGGUGUACACACGUUGGUUUGCAUUAGGAAUGCCACUUAGAAGAAGGGUCAUGCAGAUGGGAAGCAUUUUCCUACGGGAUUAAGGGUUUUUUCUGCUUGUUGAAAAGAAUUUCCUUUUUCAAUAUAGAGUUUCAAGAACUGUUAUUUUCUUUCCCUUCUUUAUUAUUGGAUCUUUAGUUCGGUAAGUUUUAAUUCAGUUUCAAAAUAAAUUACCGUCUUUUGCAAAUUACUACACUUAAAAGAAAAAUUGAUUGCGACUAAUGUAAAAGGUCACCACAGACCAAGCUAACCAAGAGGGAAAGCUGAUACCUGAUAUUUUUUCGUGGAACUGCUCUUUGUUUUAGCUACCAACCUAAUCCUAGAAGUGGAAGUGAUACUUGGCACUGUUUUGUGCAAACUGCUCAUGUUUUAUGAAUAACCCGAAUUGGACCAUUUUAUUUGAAAACCAAGUUAAAGUGAAGUGCAGAAGGUUUUAAUCUCUUCUCUUCUCCACCCUUCCUACCUCCAUUCACCCCUCAUCUUUCCAUGACUUGUAGCAGUGGUGAUUUUGCACAUUGCAAAACUCAGAAACCAGAGAGAAGAAUAUAAAAAGGAAAAUGGAAGUAAUCACCUAUCUGUUUAGUAUGUGCAAAGAAGAGAAAGAGACUUUCUCCAAUCAGCUUUUUGUUGAGGAGUGAGUGGAGACAAUUGUUGCCUAGUAGGUCUUGUAAAACAAUGGCUAGAGAAGUCACAAACUUGUUCUCUUCCCCAAGCUGCUCCCACCUCCCCUGAUUUUUAACAUGCGUGGGUAAAACCUGCUAUAGAAUUGCUUUAAGAUAUUUGAAUUUAUUAAAAGUUCAUAUUGGAACUUCACCCUUCAUCUCAGAAGUUUCCAACCUUUAGAUGGGGUGUUAUUACUUCAUGCCUUUGUCCUGUUUGAAUGCUGAGAUAAGAUUUAAGACAUUUUCUGGAGUAAGAUAAAACUUAGCAGUACUACCUGACUGUGCCAAAUGGGUUGGGAAAUAUUAUUGCAAAAGAAACAAAAACUGCAAAGCUAGCAUUAGCAUUUGACAGGAUCCGUUUUUAUUCUCUUUUAUAUGGUGUGGUAAAGUUUCUAUUUCGGGCUUUAGGUGUUUCUACUGGGCUGCUGUCAGGCUUCUCCUCAUUUUGCACUUCUUUAUGCAAUUUGGGUCUUAGCAAUGCUGUUGUGAUACUGCCCAUGUGCUGACCACCGGCUUUGGUCUGUGAGUUAUUGGACUUUAAAUAGCUUGGACGAAUGUAUUUUCCAGCACAAGCAGAUGUGUACCAUAGAUGUUUACAGUGUUUUUGUUUCCAGUCCUCUUACCCCAUUUCUCAUCUCUUUUUUAUUUCUCCUUCUCUGAUAGAAUAUAGAAUGUAACAGUUCCAAAAUUUCCAAAUGUCAUCUGAUUCUAUACUGCAUCAUUGUGGUCUAGAAUCCUUAGGUUUGCCUGGAACUUUGUAUUGGGAAUGAGCUCCAGUGUGAAAUGUUGUCGGUCAUACGCAUUAAUUUUUCUAAAAUUCGUGCGGAAGCUUCAUUGCUUUUGUCUAAUUCCUGAUAGAAUAUAAAAUAACUUUUUUUGACUG